CUUUUGCGAGUUUUGUUGACGACCAGCUGUGAUAGAAGGCUGCGAUUUUCACAAUACGAUGCACUCAUUUCAGUAUGUGAUUCGCUACCGUUGUGAUUGCUGUUACUUUGAUAGAUUCAGUCAGCUUCCAAAGUAAGCUGUCAGUGGGAGUGAAAACCCGGGUGGGACGUGAUAGUGAAUACGAACGUCAUUCAUCGGGCCUGGCCGCUUUGUUGCUGAGUGUUGACGUGUAGUUUUCCUAGUGGAAAAUCCAAAAACGUAUCACAGCGAUCAAAUUGUGGAUUGAAAAAUGAAGAUUAGUUGUUCACGGUUGAAGCGAUUGGACGAUUCUACUGUUCUGGUUACAAACAUCGACUGCGGAAGUAGACAAAAGCGAAAACAAAUGCACAAGCUUGAAUAGAAAGUUGAAUAACUGUGCAGUGUAAAUAAUAACAUUCCUAGACUUUGCAACAAAUGAAUGGAGCAGCGACAACAAUGUCAGUGUCAAUAACACAGUUCCGGAGGAGGUCUUCGGGUCAUUUGCACCAAUUCCAGUGGUUUAUUGUUAGUUUUGUGGCGCUAAUAGUUGUAGUGAAUAAUUCCAGUGGCUAUUUUUACAAGGAUGGUGACGAUCAGACACAGGAUCGGUUCUGUUUCUGUCAGUUGCAAGGAACGAUCGACGACUGCAGCUGCAACGUGGACACAGUGGACUACUACAAUAACGUGAAGAUUUAUCCACGGCUACGUAGUCUUCUAGUCAAAGACUUUUUCCGCUACUACAAGGUGAAUCUGGUUAAGGAAUGCCCAUUUUGGGUGGAUGACAGCAAGUGUGCCAUGCGCUUCUGUCACGUAGAGCAAUGCGAAGAAAAAGAUAUCCCACCAGGACUAAAAGGCGACACGACAUCUUAUCAUCAGUACAUUAAAGAAGUUCAGACGUUAACGAAUUGCGAUGAAGAUUUAAACGUGGAGCUCGGCUACUUGAACACGAGCAUCAGUGAUAAGGCUCACAAAGAAUUUAAAAAGUGGGCAGAUUAUGAUGAGGCUCAGGACAAUUUCUGUAUUUUGGAUGAUCACGAACCUGGGGCUGAAUAUGUAGAUUUGUUACUUAAUCCCGAACGUUACACCGGAUAUCGAGGGGAAUCGGCUCGCAGAAUUUGGAACAGUAUAUAUCUGGAGAAUUGCUUUCAAUCGCAUUCAAUUCGUCGUUCAAAUCGAUACUCGGCUAUGAUUCCAUACAAAGAUAUGACUCUGAGUGAGGUGUGCCUGGAACACCGAGUCUUCUACCGGAUGAUUUCCGGGCUGCAUUCCAGUAUAAACAUUCAUCUGUCUGCGCACUAUCUUCUAUCGGAGAAAAAUUCAAUGGGAUUCGUAUCUCCCACCGGGAUUUGGGGUCCCAAUUUGGAGGAGUUUGAACGGCGAUUCAGUCCGCAAACAACCGACAAUGAAGGAUCUUACUGGUUACGCAAUCUAUACUUCGCGUACCUUGUGGAGAUGCGAGCGUUGGCAAAAGCGGCCCCUUAUCUUCGGAGUGAAGAAUAUUUUACCGGCCGGGAACGCGAGGAUAAGGAAGUGAGAGUUGCGAUGAAGGAUUUGCUUAAUGUGAUUGAAAGUUUUCCAUCACAUUUCAAUGAAACGGUAAUGUUCAGUGGAGGAACUUCCUCUGUGAAACUGAAGAAUGAAUUUCGAGAAAAAUUCAUGAACAUCUCCAAGGUAAUGGAUUGUGUUGGUUGCGAUAAAUGUCGACUGUGGGGUAAGUUGCAGGUACAAGGUAUGGGAACUGCUCUUAAAAUUUUAUUUUCCGGUAAAUUCGAUGACCAAAUCGAGUCAAGUAUGACAACUAAAUUAAAACCGGAAAACUCACAGUUCAAAUUGAAACGAGCAGAAAUUGUAGCGCUAUUCAAUGCGUUUGGAAGGCUUUCCACCAGUAUACACGAAUUGGAGGAAUUCCGUCAGCGGAUGCGAUAAAUAAAGUUCAGUUCCGUUGAAUGACUUCUUUAGACUGGUAGCUAAACGAAAUCAGUGAUAUAGGUGCUUACAGGGCAUGUUGAAUCAUAAUUUAAGCGAAAAUUACCGAAAACCCUUCGAUUAGGGAUCUUCUGUUAAACAAUCAUUGUGGAAAACCGGUUCGGAAAUAAUGCAAAAGUGUGAGAUAACUAAGGUGUGUUGCUAGAAUUUGCUCAAAAGUUAAGCAUACGAGUCCUAAUUUAAACAAUGUCGUGAGAAAUUUGUGUACAUGUUUGUGAGUAUAAGGCGCAAUUAUAAUUUAUAGAGAAGACUACAAUUUUUAUAAGUUUGUAA